AGAUCAACCCACAUCUAAAGGAAAAACCAGCAAAAUCCUAGCUUCUGCUAAUAUUUUAUUGAUUCAACAUGGCUACUUCAUCAGCUGCCUUUAAAUCAAGGGAGGAUCACCGGAAACAGCUGGAAUUAGAGGAAGCUCGAAAGGCGGGGCUUGCACCGGCUGAGGUUGACGAGGAUGGAAAAGAAAUUAACCCUCAUAUUCCUCAGUUUAUGUCAGCAGCACCUUGGCAUCUUAACGCUGAAAGACCUGGUUUGAAGCAUCAACGGAAGUGGAAAUCCGAUCCCAAUUAUACCAAAUCUUGGUACGAUAGAGGCACGAAGAUAUUUCAAGCUGAAAAAUAUCGAAAAGGAGCCUGCGAGAACUGUGGAGCCAUGACACAUGAUGCAAAAUCAUGCAUAGAGAGGCCUCGUAAAAAGCGUGCAAAAUGGACGAACAUGCACAUUGCACCCGAUGAGAAGAUAGAGACUUUCGAACUGGAUUAUGAUGGCAAGCGUGAUAGAUGGAAUGGUUACGAUCCAUCUACGUAUGCUCGCGUCAUUGAAAGGUAUGAGGCAAGGUAUGAGGCAAAGGAUGAGGCUAGAAGGAAGUAUCUGAAACAACAGCAGCUGAAAAAUUUGGAGGAGAAAAAUAGUAAAAUCGAGGGAGAGGGAGAGGGAGGAGAGGUUAGUGACGAAGGUGAUGCUCUUAAGCUCGUUGAGAGCAAACAAAUGGAGCUGUCUAAGAUCGAAAGACGUGUUCGUACCACUGGCGGAGGGAGCACGGGAUCUGUCAGGAAUUUACGCAUACGAGAGGAUAUUGCAAAAUAUCUUUUUAAUCUUGAUUGCAAUUCCACUUAUUAUGAUCCUAAAUCUCGAUCAAUGCGAGAAGAUCCUCUUCCUGACGCUGAUCCGUGA